GAAAAUGUUUCGUCUAGUAGCCUUAUUCGCACUCGUUAGCCUGGCCUGUGGUGCCGCUAUGCCCGAUGACUUAGAUGGGCGCAUUGUAAACGGUGUAGACACCACCAUUGCUCAGCACCCUUAUCAGGUGUCGUUGCAAACUGCUAGCGGUUCACACUUCUGCGGUGGUAGCAUUAUCAAUGAGAACACCAUCGUCACCGCCGCUCAUUGCUUGCAAUCCUACUCAGCUAGCCAAAUACGCGUACGUUUGGGCUCAACCAAUUACAAGACCGGCGGUGAACUGGUUGCUGUAAGCUCAUUCACCUACCAUCCAGGAUACAACAGCAAAACUAUGGUCAAUGAUGUCGGUAUUGUGCGUUUGGCUACACCAGUCGCUGAAUCGGCGAACAUUCGCUACAUAAAAUUGGCGCAGACCACACCAGCAACUGGAACCUCCGCUGUGGUCACUGGUUGGGGCACUAAAUGCUACCUUACCUGCUUGACUUUGCCGACAACAUUGCAAGAGGUCUCCGUGGAUAUUGUGGAUCAACUGGAUUGCGCUUCUAGCCAGUACAAAUAUGGUACAUCAAUUUUGGACACCAUGGUCUGUGCUUAUGCUUUGAACAAGGACGCUUGCCAAGGUGACUCCGGUGGUCCACUGGUCGCUAACAACCAAUUGGUCGGUGUGGUGUCUUGGGGCAAUGGCUGUGCCAAAACUGGUUAUCCUGGUGUAUAUUCCGAUGUGGCUUCACUCUACUCAUGGAUUGUGGCUGCUACUGCUUAACUUUAAAUAUUUGGAAUGAAAUAACAACAAAUAAAAAAGAACUACCGUCAUAAAGUUUGUCUAA